AUGAAUCUAUUCAAAUUAAAGAGUACAACAUCCACGCAUGAAUUUGUGCCAGAUGUCACACACAUCGCUAUCAAAAACUGGACCAGCGAGAAUUUCAAACAUUGGCUGAUGAGUGAAAAAUAUGACCAAAAAACUGUCAUUGAUGUCCUCAUGAAACAACAACUCACUGGAAAUGCCAUUCUCUGUUUAACCAAAGAUUUAACUGAAUUCAAAGUUCCAACAGGAGCUGCCAUUUCCAUUAUUGCCAAAUUGGACAAACUCAGACAAGAACAAGAAGAAUGGAUGCAACAACCUCAAACCAAACAACUCUUUUCCUUGUCCUAUCCGUCUGCAACAACCACAACAGAACCAUUUUCAAAUUCGGAAAAUCAUGAAUCUAUUUCUGUUGUGGAUUCUAAUGAGAAUGUUGAUUCACAAACUUCUCCGAGAGCAAUUCCAAAACAACCUCAAACUCCAACUGUUCAGCCCAUCAUUCAUCAUGCUGAACAAGAUCAUCCUGGGUCGAGCAUGCACUCACUGAGCGGUCAUUCCUCAACAAUUCAACAAAUUUCUCCCCGUAAUCAUCAUUGUGCUCAGGAAGAACAACUACACUCGACAGACAAAGUAAGUCCGAGAAGGGAUCAUCAUCCUAAACCUUUGCCAACACUUCCUCAUUCAGCAUCAUCUUCAACAAAACCAAAUACUCCAAUUCCUCCCAUGAAGAGAUCAAGUUCUGUUCAAGCGAAUGGGACCAAUCCAAACAACAACAGGCUGAAUUCUUUCAGCACUACAACGACGACCACUACGACUCAGCAACAACAACCCAUACUUCAACAGACUCAACAACAAUCUCCUCGACAGACCCCUCCUCAAUAUCAACCACCUCCACAACAAUCAAGUCCAACGAAUGUGCAACAAGACCACAAGAAUACGAGAUCAAAGAAAUUUGUAGAUGCUGGCUUCUUCCCUGAGGAUGAAUUGUAG